AUGAAAAACCACAGAGUAAAAGCCCUUAAAACCAAAACCGCUAAACCCAUUGCGUCUUCAUUACUGGAAACCUCAACGGCGGCAGAUUCUUCGGUGACAGUGGACCGUAGUGAGGACUUUCACUCUGUUUGCAAAUGGAUUGUUCCAGAUUUCAAGAAAACCAAGGCCAAGUCUUUAUAUAGCAGAUAUUUUCAAGUCAGUGGCUUUGAUUUUCGUUUUCUAAUGUACCCAAAGGGGGAUUCUUUAUCAGUACCUGGACAUAUCUCUCUUUAUUUACAAAUUAAUGAUCCUUGUGGUUCAAAUUGUGACUGUUAUGCUAGCUACGUGAUUGGCAUUGUUAAUGUUGUGGAUGAGACUAAGUCUUUGAUCAGAGAGGGUGGUUACAGGUUUACCAAGAACAGAAAAUCUAUUGGUUGGUGUGAAUAUGCGGUUUCUAAGACAGUUUUAGAUGCUAAUUCAGGGUUUUUAAAAGAUGGGGUUUUGGUUAUUAGUGGUGAAAUUCGGGUAUUGGAUGAGAAAAUGGAGAUUUCGAGUGAUUGUAGCGAGGGAAAGGCUUAUGCUUUGAAUGGGAAGGAUACUUGGAGUAUAAGAAAUUAUGGGUUGUUCAAGGAAAUGGUGAAGACUCAGAAGAUAAUUAGUUCGGCUUUUCGAGUGUGGGACGCUUAUCUUGGGGUUAAUAUGUCAAAAAAUGUGGUUAAUGGGGUUGAGAAUUUGUCGUUGUUCUUGGAGAUUAAGGAUAUAGAGAAGUAUCCUGUGAUUGAUAGGAGUUGGUUUAGUCAUGUGAGCAGGAAAUAUUAUGGGAGGUUUGGGGGAGGAGGUGAUACGAGUCUUGGUUGGACUGAGUUUAUGAAAAUCUCUGAUUUUGUUGAUAAAGGGUAUGUAGUGGAUGAUAACGUAGUGAUUAGCGUAUCCUUUAAUGCUAUUCGGGAGUCAAGUUUUUCCUUCAGGAUUGAAGGUGUUUCUAGUGGUAAGUGCAAGGGGAUAAUUAAUUGUGGCUAUUUGGGUGGCAGGAGCAAGUAUGGUGUGGUAAAAAGAUGUGAUGAUUACACAGGAAAAAUCAUGUGGAAGAUUGAGAAUUUCUUAAGGUUGAAGGAUAUUUUGAAGAAGAAGAAGAUGAAAGGUCUGUAUGUGAAGAGCAGAAGGUUUCGGAUUGGGAAUUUGGAUUUCCGUAUUUUGGUUUAUCCUAGAGGUCAAUCUCAAAAACCAAUCCACCUUUCUGUGUUUCUUGAAGUUUUGCGUCCAGGAAAGAGUUCUGGUGAUUGUAGUCCUUUUAUUGUCUAUCAGUUAGCAGUCAGGAAUGGGAAGACGAUAGAGAAGUCUGUUGUGAAAGAAUCUGCAGAUCGUUGCUCCAAAGCUGCAAAAUACUAUGGCUGGUCCAACUUCAUGACCCUUACAAGUCUUUUUGACCACGACUCUGGGUUUAUUGGUCAUGAAACUGUCGUCUUUACAGCAGAAGUUCACAUAUUGAAGGAGACAUUCAUGACAACAGAGUCAAGCGACAGUGCUUGUUCAGUUACAUGGAAGAUGGAAAACUUUUUAUCCUUCAAGGAAAUAAUACAAAGCCGAAGAAUAUUCAGCAAAUUUUUUGAAGUUGGUGGCUGUAAACUUCGGAUUGAGAUUUAUCAGUCCUCUGCAAGCAUAUGUGCAUAUUUAGGGAGUGAUCCAUCGAUUGACAAUUUUUGGGUCAGUUACAGGAUUACUAUGGUUAAUCAAAAUGACCCUGCCAAAAGUUUGUGCAAGGAGUCUUCUCUAUGCAUAAAGGCAUAUUUCAAUGCCGAUCUUCAAUUGAUGAAAGUAUCAGAUAUGCUGGACACAGAUGCUGGAUUUUUUGUUCAUGAGACAGUUACAUUUGUUUGCGAAAUCCUUGAUUGCUGUCCAUGGUUUGAGUUUUUUGAAUCUGAGACUGGUAACAUGGAAGCAGAAUCAAGUGACUGCCAGGUCCUCUCUGCUGUGCGUCAAAUGGACAUGAACAGUGAAGAGUGGAAACAAACGUUUUCGGAAGCUUCUGAAGUUUUGGGGAGCACGCCUAAUGAAGCUCUGCAACCUGUUGUUCACUUGAUAUUUAAAUCUGCAUCUCAGUGCCAGAGUGUUCCUCAAGCAGUCAAAGUUGUCCGUGCAAGGCUAGAACUUUUAAAAGCUGAGAUAUCACCUGAUCUGUUGGAUCUAGUGAGCAGCACUAUGAAUAGUCAGCAUAAGAUUGCUGAAGUGAUGUUGAGAGAAAUUGAUAGUGUCUUUGCACUUGCUGAAAAAUGCAAACUGCUGGAUGCAACUCUAUGUCCACUAUCUAAAGAAGUAGCUUAUUUAGGUAGUGGAACCGGAACCAACAGCUCACAUAUGGAAGAUGAACCACGUUGUCAUGUCCAUCAUUAUUUUUCUGAUAUCUUUAUCUUGAUUGAUAUGCUGGCUAUACCUUCCCUUACAAUUGAAGCUUCCCGAGCUUUUGAGAGGGGUGUUGCUCAUGGAUACAUUGACAACCAAGUAGUGGCCUUGGUCUUGGAAAAACAUGCUCAAAGAUUUAGUGUGAAUUCAAUAGCUAGGAAGAAAAGGGCGGAGUCGUUGCUUUCUGAAGAAUUUUUCACCUCAGUUCUUGCUCUUGCUGAAAUAUUGUCCCUCUCUAUAAACUCUCAAGUUCAUGAAUUUGUGAAAAUGUUUUAUGUUACACUGUUUAGAGUGUUUUCUGAUGAAUGUUGUCGCACAAAGAUGCUGAGAUGGCUAGUAGACCAUGCCACAAGCCCUGUGGAGAAUUCUUCCAAAAUGAAUCUGGAUAUGUUGGUCUUCUUGGUUCACAGGGAGCAUGGAUUUGCUAGACCAGUUCUAAAAAUGAUGGGGGAUGCUGUUAAGCAUGCCAAUGCUGAUCAUUCUGCUAUUAGGCAUCGUCUGUGUGGCAUGGAGGAGAAAAUUAUUCAUAUUCAGGAAGAAAAGCAAACUGAACUUUCAAAUAUGUCUAGCGAGAAAGCUACUCUGUUAGAAAGGCUGACUGAGACUGAGGCUGCUCUCCUUCAGUAUAAGUCUGAAAUGGAGCUUGAAAGGGACCGCUUUACUUGCAAAAACACAGAAAUCUGUGCACACAUGCAAGAUAUUGAGACUCAACUUGAACAGGUUUGCUCCAAGCAUGAAGACCAUGUUACGAAGCUCUGCAUGGAGAAAAAGGAUUAUCAAGAUCGUCUUCACCACAUGGAAACACAGUUUUCACAUUUGAAGUCCUUAAAACACCAGGAAUUGAAGAAACUACUUAAAGAGAAAGAAGUUAUUGCUGAAAGAUUAAGACAUGCAGAAGCUGAUAGGGAAAUUUCUGAUAGAAAACUGAAACAAUAUGCUUCAAAAGUAGCGAUUCAAGAGGAGGAACGGCAGACACAAUUGGAUGAGAUUUGGCAGUUGAAACGAAAAGUUGAACAAAUGGAAAGAGUGAAACAAGACAAGAAAGAGGAGGUUGCUCAUCAUAGAGCAUGCACUUACGAUUUGGAAGCAAAAUUGAAUGACUGCCGGAAACAUAUCCAAUUUCUUGAAAACGCGCACCGGGAGGAGAUGGAACAGCAUGCUCCUCUAUACGGUGUAGGCCUGGAAUCUCUGUCAAUGGAGUCGUUGGAGAAUUUGUUGCGCAUCCAUGAAGACGGGAUAAAAAACAUCCAUGCCCUUCGACAUCGACUAAGAAAUCAGAGCGGCGAUAUUAUCUCGAGUGCAAAUCCUCUCCGACUCAGACAGUGUGCAACCUACAGCACAAUAGAAAGGGCUGCUUUAAUCUGGUUGGCCUUUGUUGAAGCUCGGCAGUUCUUCACUAAUGAGGUCCUUUUUACCAUAGUUAUUUUGUAUAGUCAGCUGCCAUCGAACUUGGAACCUCACAGCGUUAGUUGCAUACAUGAUUAUUGGAGGAAAUGUAUGAAGGAGAUUCCAAUGCUUCAAUUUCUCCCUUUAUCUGUUUAUAUGCGCAUGCCAGCGUGA